UCAACUCGGCUACUGUGCAGACUGCCGAACGCACCGCCCGACAUCUGUAAUUUGGUCGAUUUCUCGUCCAGGUAGCAGGUACCGCAUACUGAGUCGGUCGGUGAAUUUUAGUUUUUCUUUACACGUAUUUUUAUUUUAAUCGGCCAAAUACGUGGAAAAGUUCAAUUUGUAUUAUUAAUUUUUAAAAUAUAAACUGAGAAAGCUCUCGGCGCCGAAGCAGCAAAGCUCAGACGGGUGAUCUGCAUGUAGAAACGUGGUCAGUUUAUCCAUUCCUGGUCGGUCGUUGGACCAUUUAUUAAAUUACUUAGUAAUUAAUUAACAUUAAAAAAGUGGUUGCUACUGUAAAAUAAGAAUUUUUUUACAAAUAAAUCGAUUACUUCAAGUUCCAACUGAAGAGGCUUAAGUUUAUCGCAAACUACAGUUUUAACAGUGACUCAGAUGUCGGCAAUUAUGGAAGUGGAAGAAGAUGGUUCAGUAGGUAAUGAAGUCACGGAUGAUCAGGUUGGAGGCGAGGACGGUAAUGUUAAUUGUGACGUUGAAGAGGAGGAUGCGACCAGUAUGCCUGAUCAGCAAAACUUGCAAGAGGACGACCUGAGAGUGUUUCAUGUCUUGGACGAAUAUGUAUAUUCUGAUGUUGAAAAGUGCGAUACUGCGAACAGCUCCGACAGUGACAUCAGCGACAAUGAGAUUGAAGCAAUGCUCGAAGAAGGUCUCGAGAAGGAUGCGACGAAAACGGUCGAGACGAAACUCAACGGUGAUGGGGCCAAGCCAGUCCAAUACAAGGAGCACAAAGUGGUCACGUUGGAAGAGCUCGGAUACAACCAUUUUGACCUCCUGCCAGAAAGCUGGGUACAGAUCACACACAAGUCUGGCAUGCCGCUUUAUCUUCACAAGCCUACGAGAGUCUGUACGUUCAGCAGGCCAUAUUAUCUUGGCCAAGCGCGGGCCAGAAAACAUGCUGUGCCGUUGAGCGCCAUACCUUGUUUGCAGUAUAGAAAAGCCCUCGAAGAAGAGAAAGCUUCAAUGCAAGAAAAUGCUAAAGAGACUGAUCUGAAUGGGCUUAGAACAGCAAAAAUAGAAACUGCUGAAGAGAAUAAAGCCUCACAAUCCCUUGGGCCUUUUGCUAUCCAGCAAUAUUGUAAAAGCCUCUUCCGCUUUAAGACGAGUUCCAGAUUGAGAUUUGUUUCUUGGUCUGACCGUAGACGGUUUGUCAAAGCUAAAAGAAUAGAAAAACAACAAAGGCCGACAUUCCCAGAUGAUACCAAAUUGAUCAAAUUCCCAAUUCAGAACCCAGAGGAUGGACCAGAUGCAAAACCAAGAGGGGAGUGGAUUAUGAAUCCCAAUGGGAAAAGCUACAUAUGCAUUCUGCAUGAAUAUGUUCAACACGCUUUGAAAAAACAACCUACAUAUGAAUUUAAAGCACUGGAAAAUCCAGCAACUCCGUAUUCUGCUACAGUAAUAAUAAAUGGCAUGCGUUACGGCUACGGAACAGGGACUAGUAAAAAGCAAGCAAAGUUGGCUGCAGCGAGGGCCUCUCUUGAAAUCCUUAUUCCAGAAAUGAGGGAGAAGAUAAGAAAUGAUAAAAAACAAGGGACCAAGACAAGUGGAUAUUCAGAGGAGGACGAAGCGAGCCUGUCGAUCUUUGACGAGAUCAAAAUACAAGAUCCACGAGUGGCUGAGUUCUGUGCCAAGACGACUGAGCCUUCACCAUAUUCCAUUCUCCUCACCUGUCUCCAGAGGAAUUUUGAUACAAAAGAAAUGCCCAUCGAUUACAAAAUGAAUGCCCUUCACCGUCAGACUAAUGAGUUCAUAAUGACAGUCGGUUCUCACGUAGCAAGGGUUGUUUGCAAGAACAAAAAAGAAGGGAAGCAGAGGGCUUCACAGGCGAUUCUACAAGUGCUGCAUCCUCAUAUCACAUCUUGGGGUUCACUGUUGCGGCUCUAUGGCAACCGUUCAACACGCAAUGUCAAGGAGAAGAAGCAAGAGGAACAGGAGAUCACCAUGCUCCAGAGCAAGGCAUCCCUCAAUUCCCCCAACUAUGCCAUACUCGACAAGCUCAAAACAGAAAUGAUGAAACUCCACAAGGAGAAGACGGAAAAGAAGCCAAUCGGUAUUUUCAUCCCCCCAGAGGAUGUUUCCCUCCCGACGUCUGGGACACAGCUCAAUAAGAUCGAACUGUAAAAAGUUGUCGAUUACGGUCGGCCAGGGUAGUCGGCGAAAUCAAAACAAUGUUUGUCGAAUACUUUGACCCACUGUAUAUCUUCAAUGAUUUAUGACUCUUUAACAACACCGUAAGUCUACACAAAGGUACGUAAAUCAAUUCCUUUGUAGGUCCUAGUUGCUGACUAGAUUUUUUUUAACAAUUCCAGAAUAUUAAUUAUAAUUUUACAAAUUAUAGAUAAUAACUGACUGUUUUAAGUAAAUAUAUUAAAGGGAAAACUUAAAAUAUGGCAAUAAUACAACUGAUAAAUUGUCUCAAAAUUUGAAAUUUUGAUGGAGAAAAAAAAGCAUCUGUGAUUCAAUUGUUAACAAAUUUAUGAAAGGAUGUUAAUUUUUAUUUAAAUCUUGUACUGUUGAGGUACCUAGUCUAUUUUUAUAAUGAAAUAUCUUGUCAUAAAUAUUUAAAUUUAAAUUGAUUAGGCCAUAAUGCUAUGCCAUUUGUUAUUAAGCACCUAUGAAACUUUUCAAAAUUAAUCUUAUCGCUUAACGUAGUUGAGAUGUUCAAUAUGAGUGUAUAUAAUACAUAUAUGUCAACAAUUAAAUGGUCUCUUUAGCUGUAA